AUGGCCAUAGACCGUAAAACCUGUGCCCUGAACCCGUGCUCUCGAAAAGAGUACAUCUUCAGCUUCUUUGCGGAUCUGAUGCUGGGACCACUGGCCGAUGGAGGUGUGGACAUCGUGGUUGUGAAUCUGGCUAUCGGUGCUUGUGCGCGGGCCAUUCAAUGGGAGGCAGCCUUGCAACUUCUGCACCAUGGUUCCCUAGCUGGAGGUUCUAUCCAGCCAAGUCUGGUGUCCUUCAACACGGCCAUGUCCGCGUGCAUCCGAGGCAAAGAAGCUCAGAAAGCUCUGCAGCUCUUCGAUGCAUUGGGCUCCCAUGCCCAGCAGCCCAACGUGCUCUGCUACAGUUCAGCCACUUCUGCUUGCGAGAAGAGUAGCCAAUGGCAGAGAGCUCUGGCCCUUUUCACGGAGAUGAACUUUGCCACCCUGAAAGGUGACACCAUCCAUUACAAUGCAGUCAUCAGCAGCCUGGCCAGAGCCAGACAAUGGAAGAUCACGCUCUCGGCUUUGGCACAGAUGGAGGCUUCUGGUGUUCAACCAGAUGUUGUGAGCUACAACGCUGCCGUGGCUGCUUUUGCCCGGGAUGAGGACGGAACUCUGGGCAACUGGUUCAAAGCCGUGGCACUCCUUGCAGAGAUGAAAACCGGGCUCCGAGUCGACAUCAUUACCUACGGCACGACGGUAACGACCCUGGCUUGGUCCAAGUGCUUGAUGGCCUUGCAAACAGGGAAGGCCGACAGCUUCGAGCCGAAUGCGGUGGCGUUGGGCGCCGGCGCUCUCGCUUGCAACUCUGAUUCGGCGUGGAGGUGGUGCCUGAAGCUCGCAGAGGCGGGUGCUGCCUCCUCCGACCGCUUGGCCAUGGCCUCCGUCUCGGCCCAAUCAUCGGAUGACCCGGCGAAAGCUCGCCCCUGGUCUGAGACCCUUCGCUCCCUGACUUCGCUAUCCAUGCACGGCGUGAAGGUGAACCUCAUCAUGAUCAAUGUGGCUUUGAAGGCUCUACAGCCCUCCAGCAGUUGGCGUCCAGCUCUGGCGUUGCUCCAGGCGAUGCCCAAGAAGACUCUGACAGCCGAUGCAGUGUCAAUUUACAGCACCAUGGAUGUUUGCUUGGGGGCUGGUCAGUGGGCAGCAGCAUUCUCGCUCAGUGAAGCCUUGGAAGCUUUGGGGAUCCAUUCCCCGACUCCGGCGCUCAAAACUUACAACCACCAUGAGCAGGCAGGGAGCAUUAUGGACUGCUUGAAGCACAGCCUUUUGCUCUUGCUGCUGCAGCACUACGCCGCAGACAGCCAGCCUUUCACAUACAUCGAUGGUCACGCGGGGCGGGGCAUCUACGAUCUUGGGGAUAACCUGACGGAGUUCCAAAACUAUGGACUUCAUCUACUUGAAAGGCAUCAUCACCGGCGCCAAUGCGAGACUCCCAGGGCUGUGGCGUCACUGCUGGAGGCGAAUCGGCGAUUUAAUGGCCCGAACGACACCAGGUGGUAUUUGGGGUCGCCCUCGCUGGCCACGGGCUGGAUCCGUCAGCAAGACAGAAUGACGGCCCUCGAAGCCUCCCAGGAGCACCAGCCUGCUCUUGAAGCGGCUUUCGGCCGACUCAUACCUGCAGACGUCAGAUCGAGGAGAUUUCACAUCUCUCGGGAGAAUUCGUACCUCUACUUGUCGGACUUGUCCAUGGAAGGGAAAGGCUUGGUAUUGUUGGAUCCGCCCUACGAGCCCUACAGCCAGUACUUGUCCUGGAACUUGUGGACGAUCCACAGUCUGCGAAGCCGGUGUCCGGAGACCUGCAUUCUGAUGUGGUAUCCGUGCCCGGGAGAGGCGGAGAGGCAAAGCCUACGUCUUCGCGUCCGAGACCUGGGUUUGCAGAACGCUGUCUUCGCCGAGCUUUGUGAGACGGACAUCGGGAAGAAGAGGGGUGCACUGGUGAGCUCAGGCGUGUUGCUGGUGAAUCCUCCAACCGACAUGCCUGACUUGGAAGCCAAAGUGCAAGAUAUCCUGUCUUGCCUGCAGGAUGCUUUCCAUCCGAUCUUCAGCAUGGAGUCAUCUUACUUGAAGCUGUAG